AUAGUAUCAGGGUGACCCUGCUACGAUCAGAAAGUUGCUCGACUCCCUUCACAAGCUACGAAGCAAUCGAUAAAUCGGUCUUGAUACACCAGUCACACCUUUGGUUCCACCUCCUGCGCGUUUCACCUCCUCAUCAUGGCUUCACCCUCCGAUGAUGCCCGCGCGGAGCUGUACGACUCCUCCAUGACGAUCCCUUCCGACAGUGAGAAUUACUCCGCCAAUAAUGAGAUGUCAUCCUCGCCUCCUUCAUCUUCUAGCUCUCCUCUGGUGCUCUACUCUCCUCCGACAAUUUGGGGCUUGCUAAGAGGAGCUGCCAUCAAUCUCAUUCUUCCUUUUGUGAAUGGCUUGAUGCUGGGUUUUGGAGAGCUUUUGGCACACGAAGCCGCCUUCCGCUUAGGCUGGUCUGGUACAAAGAUCUUUCCGAGUCAUCGUAACAGAAAUGCGCGACCAAUUGGGCCUGGCAUCGAAGUGCGAGAUGACCGGUCGCAGCGGCGGAGCAGAGGUCAGGCCGAGUUGCAAGACCUGGCUACGCUCGAGUAACAUAAUUUGAAGGAAGCAUGUGGCAACAGAAGAUCGUUUCAAUAACAUGAUUUGUAUAUAGAAGUUACCGGAAGGGGUGGUUUUUCUGACUUUAUACAAAGGAAUUGCGACUAUAAAAGAGGAGUUUGGUUAUACAUAGCUGGAAGAGUCGAGUAUUUUACAGUUUCAUAUGGCUGAUCUAAUGGAAAAUGAAAUUCAAGCCAAAAAGUCUCUUUGAGUCUGAUUAUCCCGUUAUGUAUAUCCAUUCGGAGUCUCCAGC